AUGUGGGUAGACCAGCAGCAGCAGCAGCAGCGCAGCAGCAGCAGCAGCAGCAGCAAAAUUGUGCUGCCUGGAGAGCCGCUGCACCUCGGCGAGGGUUUUCUUCUAGGCCUAAACACUCAUGUUGAAGAUGGGGUGGCGAGGUCUUCUGUCUGCGGCGUCUUACAAACUGUAAACCGGCUGGUCUACGUGAAACCCUUAAAGAGCCGCUACGAGGCAAAUGUGGGCGACGUCGUAGUGGGCAGAGUGGCGGACAUAGCCAACGGCAAGUGGCUGGUGGACGUGGGGGCGGCGCGGCUGGCGGUUUUAACCCUCGGAGGAGUUUCUCUAGAUGUUCAAAGAAGAAGAGAUGAAUCCGAUCUUUUGGACAUGAGGGUUUUGUUCAAACCCUCGGAUUUGCUUUGCUGCGAAGUCCAGAAAACCCUCCUGAUAAAGAGACAGAGCAGACACAUUGCUUCUCUCAAGUGCGGCCUGCAACUCAUUCUCGGAGUCAACGGUUACUUGUGGAUAAGCGUGCCGAGCGUUGGGAGCGAGGAGGCUGGGGCGGCGCAGCCGCCAGCGCAGCAGCAGCAGCAGCAGCAGCAGCAGCAGCAGCAGCAGCAGCAGCACCACAGUGCCCAGCAGCCCCCACCUGGCUGCAACAGCUUCAGCAGCUGCAGCAGCAGCUGCAGCAGCUUCGGCAGCAGCAGCAACAGCAGCAGAUAUAGCAGCAGCAGCAGCAGCAGCACGCCGUUUGGAUCGCUGCUAGUGCCGCUUGAAGAGACAUUACAGCCUCUGCAGCAGCAGCAACAACAGCAACAGCAGCAACAGCAGCAGCAGCAGCAGGCCCUCAGGACGAGUAAAAGUCGCCUCUCUCGGUCCCUGCUGCAGCAGCAGCAGCAGCAGCUGUUGAGAGAGAGAAUAGAAGCAGCAAGGAGCGCCACCGAGCUGCUGCGGCUGGUGCAGCAGCAGCACAAAAACCUCGAUGCUGCUUCUGCUGCUGCUGCAGUAAUCAGGUUCGCGAAGAUACAGCAGCACCAGCAGCAGCAAACUUUUCCCAGCAGCAGCAGCAGGAACAGCAGCAGCAGAAGCAGCAGCAGGAGAGCCAUGUCUACUGAGACGUUGCUGAAGCAUUCCACGUUUUACCGUUUGCUGCUGCUGCUGCAGCUGCAACUCUCUCUAGGGGCCCCGCUGCCGCUUGCUGCUUUAGUUUAUAUUCCCUGGGCCUUUGGGCGGCUGCUGCUGCACUGCAGCAGCCACAAAGAGCUGGCAGCAGAUAUGCUUCGCCAGAUUGAAUCGCGGCUUCUGCUGCACCUCCCCUCCCAGCAGCAGCAGCAGCAGCGGCAGCAGCAGCAGCAGCAGCAGCAGCAACCGCUGCCGCUGCAGCAGCUGCGCUGCAGCGGUUUGUGUCUUCUUGUCUGGGGCCUUUCUAAAGCAGGAGCUUCGCAAACUCUCUGGCAGUUUGCUGCUGCAGCAAUAAGAGAUAAACUCCAUCUUUUCAACCCCCACGAAGUAGCAAGUCUGCUGUAUUCCUUUGCGCGAACCAAAGACCCAAGGGCUCUCGAAGCAGCAGCAGCAACACCAACAGCAGCAGCAGCAACAGCAACGGCAGCAGCAGCAGCAGCAGCAGAGCCAAGUGCACCAGCGGCAGCAGCAGCAGCAGCAGAGCCAACUGCAACCGUGGCAGCAGCAGCAGCAGCAGUGCCAAGUGCACCAACGGCAGCAGCAGCAGCAGCAGCAGAGCCAACUGCAACCGCGGCAGCAGCAGCAGCAGCAGAGCCAAGCGCACCAGCGGCACCAGCAGCAUCAGCAGCAAGAGCAGCCGCAGCAACAGCAGCUGAUUUAGCAGCAGCAGCAGCACCUGUUGCAGCACCAGACGGUUCGGAAGCAGCUGCAGCAGAAGCUGCUGCUGCUGCUGAAGAGAUAGACGCAGCAGCAGGUGCAGCAGCAGCAACAGCAGCAGCAGCAACUUGCGAACCUCAAAGUUUGCUGUCUCUGCUGGCCGAAAGAGCUGCUGCAGCUGCAGCAGCAAUGAAGGGGCGCACGCUGAGCACUGCAGCACUGGCCCUAACCAACCUCACAAGCAGCAGCAGCAGCAGUAGCAACAGCAGCAGCAGCAGCAGCGGCAGGGAUAUCGCUAGCAGCAAGUCUGCUUUUUUGGCUGCUGCGGCUUCCCAGAUCAUCCCGAAGGCUCACACAUUUGAUACACAGGCCCUGACGCUGCUGCUGUAUUCGUAUUCUUUGGAGUACCAGCAGCAGCAGCAGCAGAGGCAGCAGCAGCAGCAGCAGGUGACUGUAGCGGUGUUAGAAAGCCUUGCUGCUGCGCUGCAGCAGCAGCAGCAGCUGCUGCUGCCCGAGGGUUUGUGCAUUUGCUGCUUAGUGCUGAGCCGCUGCAAGUGGAAAGACAGCUGGCGGCUUUUCUCGGUGCUAGAGAAUCAACUGCUGAAGCUCCAGAGCUUCGAGUGCUUCUCUCUGCAGCUGCUGAAGCUCCAGAGCUUCGAGUGCUUCUCUCUGCAGCAGCUUAUUGUGUUGCUGUGGAGUGCUGCGAAGCUGAAGCAGCAGCAGCUGCAGCAGCAGCAGCCGCAGCAGCAGCAGCAGCCGCAGCAGCAACAACAGCAACAGCAACAGCAACAGCAACAGCAGCAGCAAAAUGUAGAGCUGCUGCGGCGCCUCACUGAGGAGCUCAGUUCGCGGUGA